GGUUGCAUCAGAUUCGUAAUGGAUACAAUAGAAAAGAUCCUCGAGUAGAGGCAUGCCUCGACUUGAUUUUGAGCUCUACAAAGCAGAUUAGCACCAACAGUGACUUGGAGACGGGGCUAAUGUUCCCAUUGAUUAUGGCUGGGUCGGUGGCAUAUAAAACCGAUGAUAGAACAUAUAUAAUGUCUCGGAUAAGGAAAAUUAAGGAGAGAUUGAAGUUCAACUAUCUUGGAGAGUUUGAAAAAUUGAUUCUUCGAGUGUGGGAGAGUGACAACCAAGAGAACCAUUCAGUUAACUGGGCAAAGAUUCGGUACUUCCAGUAUCCUGGUUUAGUGAUGUUCUAAAAUAGUUUAUAUUUAUAUGAAUCAAAUAUUCGCAGCGAUCAACUCAUCUAUAUGGGCUUUCAUAUCAUACCCACAAACUUCGUCUAUCGUCAACUUCUGCUCGUGCUUGAUGUUGUCGGAACUCCAUCCGAUUCUCUCGUUCAAGUUCUCUCUGGCUCUUAACGAGGCUGCUUGAAUCUUGGUUACUCUUUCCUUUCUU